AGAAUAAUAUGUUUGUUUGGUCUACUUAAAGAUGGCAUUGCAGCUAUCUCGGCUUCUGAACAGUAGUCUUUGCCAUACGUAUCAUUACCUUUCUUCAGAUUAAUUUAGACAAUCACGUAGACAUAUCUUGAUCAAUCAGAUCGUUUCGGUUGGUAUUCGUUUUAGUACCUAAAAAUGGGGUAUAGAAGCCACAAAAACAAUCAAAACCAGUUCAUCCCUGGUGGGCAUUGGGCCGGCGAGCAAAAUCAGCCUCCGUCUGGGCCUGGGCCAUACCAAAAACAAAGUAGAGAUGGGGGGAAUGGGUUAGGGGAAAGCCCAUUUGGGGCAUUGCCAGGGAAUGGAAACAGGUGGAAUGGGUACUGGAACGGAAAUAAUCACAGACAUCAAAAUCCAAGGCAUCAUGGUGGCUAUCAACGACAACAAGACCAGCCGUUCCACCAACCCCAAUCGCAACCGCAACAACCACAUCACAGAGAAGAACAACCUCAACAGCACCACCACCACCACGAACAUCAUAUCCAUAUCUCUGAUGGAAUUUCCCUCAUCCAAGGGCUACACCCAAUAAAUCGCGACGUCCCUAUGGUAGAUAUCGAUGACUGUGAUUCAAGCGAACUCUCAAAGCAAAUACGGUAUUUUCUGACUAAAGUAGCGGGUGAUGCUGGGCCACAUACUAAUCGUGUCAAUGAAUACGUCGACAUGUUCAUCGAAAAGUUCCCAGAUUCUCGACUUGCCGCUGUUCUAAGUCAAGGCAAUUAUCACGAACCGCCGCAACAAGGUAACGGGCAACGAUCAUAACCACUAAAUCACACCCAACAACUGAAUAAUGGUAAACAGCUAAACGAUGGGCCAACAGCGAGACAGAUUGCCGAGGCCUGCGUUGUUUUGCGGGACGCUGGUCACAUAGCUGACGAAAGUAAUUCUGGUAAGAAGACUGGUAACACUACCAGCGACCCCAAGCACGUCCAGAAACUUUCCGACUUCCUAACCAAGGAUGGGUUUUGGGAAGAUAGCAUUGAGUAGGGGGUAGGUAGUGAUUUAAUACCUUUGAAUGCGCGACGAUAGAAAGGGCGCAACGGGUUAUUGUGUGUUAGGAACAAUUGAUUGAUCUAAAACGAGACGAUUGAUACUCUUUGUAGUAUACUAAGGUAUUCCAUGGAUGUUAUAAUUUACGGUUCGAUCAAAGUAUAUUGUUCGUAAAACUCUUAGUGACUCUAGUUCUAAAGUAUUUUAAAAAUUGAAUCUCCGUGGAGUUUUCAG